GCACUUUUUACUGUAUGUGUAUGUAUACAUAUAUCUUGCCUUCCGCAUAUAUUCUACUCAAUUAGUAGUGUGGUAUUGCUCUGUGAUAUAGAAAACAUCAUACCUAAUUAAAUAUGGAUAUGUAUAACCCUAUAAGUAUUUUAGGAAAAGGCACAUUUGGCACUGUCCAUUUAUGCGAACGAAUCCACAACAAACAAAAAAUUGUCGUUAAAGUAAUCAACUCCGAUCUAGAAGGCGAGCAGUUGAGGGCGGCAAAAAACGAAGUCGCCAUUCUAAAAUCCCUAAGCCACCCCAACAUUAUCCAAUACUUCGACAAUUUCACAAAGGGAAACACAUUUUACAUCGUCAUGGAAUACGCGACCAAAGGGAGUCUUUUCGAUUUAAUUUCCAAAAGUAGACCGAAUUAUUUUCAACCGCAAUUUGUCAUGGACCUAUUUUGUCAAAUUUUGAUGGGACUAGAACAUAUACACAGCAAAAAAGUAAUACACAGGGAUUUAAAGUGCGAAAAUAUUUUUUUAACUGGCGUUUCAGAUAAUGUUAUUAAAAUUGGCGAUUUUGGAAUUUCAAAGAAGAUUUUAACCACUAAAAAGACCCAAACAAUAAUAGGAACGUGCAAUUACUUGGCCCCAGAAGUGUGCGACGGAAAACCAUACGACGUCAAAUCAGACAUCUGGUCCUUGGGCUGUAUUUUGUACGAACUCUGCGCAUUAGAAAAAAUGUUUGAGGGAACGCUCUCCAACGUUGUUUUAUCGAUAGCAAACGGAAAAAUAAAGUGCGUCAACACGGCAUUUUACGGCGACGAAAUGCAGGAUUUAAUAACAAUGAUGCUGCAAGUGAAUCCUGAUCACAGGCCCGACACUAAAGCCUUGAUGUGCCACCCUGAUAUUUUCCCCACUCUAUAUUUGCUGGGGGUCAACCUAGGAUGUCUGGGGGAGACAGCUGCCAAUGAAUAUGUGGCAAAAAACCCCUAAAUGUUUAACAAUUUUUUAACCUUAUUUUAUAAUUUUUGUGUAACUAAUCGAAAUAAAAUACCAUG